UAUAUAACGCGCUGCAUCCUGCAAGCGCUACGCAGAGUCCCUCCUUCGGGACCAGCCGCAGCCGGCGACUUCAUCCGCCAGGGCGCAGCCGAGGAGGCGCUGAGCGGGGCGGGAGGGCGGCGGCGGCGGAGCCAGGCCUUCCCGGCUGCCGGGUCCUGGAGGUCAGGGCAGACUGAGGAACAAUGACUCUCCCUUGGAGGAGGAGGACGGAAGUCCCGCUGCCACCUUAUCUCCGCGGCUCCGUGUCCCCCCUGUUCCCAGCGCUCUUGCACUAGAGAAGAACGGGAAGGCGGCUCCUGUGCUGACGGCCACCCACCCCAUGGUGAGGAAGAGAUUUGGCAGAUAACAUGCAGGUUCUUCAAGGCAGAAUAAUUGCAGAAAAUUGUCAGAGGAUGCCAUCUGCAGCUGUUCUGAAUACCUCCGAGUCUAGAAAUUGAUUAUUCAACCAGGAUACCUAAUUCAAGACUGCCAGAACUCGGGAGACAGACAUCUGGUCAGUUUUGCGACACUGGACCAAGUACAAUGAAGUAUUCUUGCUGUGCUCUAGCGUUGGCUGUCCUGGGCGCAGAGCUGCUGGGGGUCCUGUGUUCGACCGUCAGGUCCUCGAGGUUCCGAGGACGGACACAGCAGGAACGAAAAAACAUCCGCCCCAACAUCAUUCUUGUGCUCACCGAUGACCAAGAUGUGGAGCUGGGGUCCCUGCAAGUCAUGAACAAAACAAGAAAGAUUAUGGAGCAUGGAGGGGCCACCUUCACCAACGCCUUUGUGACCACACCUAUGUGCUGCCCAUCCCGGUCAUCUAUGCUUACUGGAAAGUAUGUGCACAACCACAAUGUCUACACCAACAACGAGAACUGCUCUUCGCCCUCAUGGCAAGCAAUGCACGAACCCCGGACCUUUGCCGUCUAUCUUAACAACACUGGCUACAGAACAGCCUUUUUUGGAAAAUACCUCAAUGAAUAUAAUGGCAGCUACAUCCCUCCUGGGUGGCGGGAAUGGCUUGGAUUAAUCAAGAAUUCUCGUUUCUAUAAUUACACUGUUUGUCGCAAUGGCAUCAAAGAAAAGCAUGGAUUUGAUUAUGCAAAGGACUACUUCACAGACUUAAUCACUAACGAGAGCAUUAAUUACUUCAAAAUGUCUAAGAGAAUGUAUCCCCAUAGGCCCAUUAUGAUGGUGAUCAGCCACGCCGCACCCCAUGGCCCAGAGGACUCCGCCCCACAGUUUUCAAAACUGUACCCCAAUGCCUCCCAACACAUAACUCCUAGUUAUAACUACGCCCCAAAUAUGGAUAAGCACUGGAUUAUGCAGUACACAGGGCCAAUGCUGCCCAUCCACAUGGAGUUUACAAAUGUCCUACAGCGCAAGAGGCUCCAGACUUUGAUGUCAGUGGAUGAUUCCGUGGAAAGGCUGUACAACAUGCUUGUGGAGACAGGCGAGCUGGACAACACGUACAUCAUUUACACCGCGGACCACGGCUACCACAAACCCAGAGGGCAGGGUGAGAAGAGGAGAAAGCCAAGAACUCACUGCUGUAGAAAGAGCAGCCUUAAAUGGCACCCUCCACGGGCUUUGGGUCCAAGCUAUAACCAUCUGUCUCUUUACAGAAUCCCACAGAUUGUUCUUAACAUCGACCUGGCCCCUACAAUCCUGGAUAUUGCUGGGCUUGACACACCUCCUGACGUGGAUGGCAAGUCUGUCCUCAAACUUCUAGACCUGGAAAAGCCAGGGAACAGGUUUCGAACAAACAAGAAGGCCAGAAUUUGGCGUGAUACAUUCCUGGUAGAAAGAGGCAAAUUUCUACGCAAGAAGGAAGAAGCCAACAAGAAUAUUCAACAGUCCAAUCACUUGCCAAAGUAUGAGCGAGUCAAGGAACUGUGCCAGCAGGCCAGGUAUCAGACAGCCUGUGAGCAGCCUGGGCAGAAGUGGCAGUGCAUUGAGGACGCGUCCGGCAAGCUUCGCAUCCACAAAUGCAAAGGCCCCGGGGACCUGCUCACUGUCCGGCAGAGCACGCGCAGCCUCUACGCUCGGGGCUUCCCGGGCAAGGACAAGGACUGCGUCUGUAGGGAGUCUGCCUACCGUGCCAGCCGCAGCCAGAGGAAGAGCCAGAGGCAGUUCCUGAGAAACCAAGGCACCCCAAAGUAUAAGCCCAGGUUUGUCCACACCCGGCAGACGCGUUCUUUGUCUGUUGAAUUUGAAGGCGAAAUAUAUGACAUAAAUCUGGAAGAAGAAGAAUUGCAAGUGCUGCAACCCAGGAGCAUUGCUAAGCGUCACAACGAAGGCCACCAGGGAUUGGGGGGUCACCAGGCUGCCAGUGGUGGCCAUGGCGACGAGAUGCUGGCCGACAGCAGCAAUGCCGUGGGCCCUCCCUCCACUGUCCGCGUGACACACAAGUGCUUUAUUCUUCCAAAUGAUACAAUCCACUGCGAGAGGGAACUGUAUCAAUCAGCCCGAGCCUGGAAGGACCACAAGGCUUACAUUGAUAAAGAGAUCGAAGCACUACAAGAUAAAAUUAAGAAUUUAAGGGAAGUGAGGGGACACCUAAAGAGAAGAAAGCCGGAGGAAUGCAGCUGCGGUAAGCAGAGCUACUACAAUAAAGAAAAAGGGGUGAAAAGGCAAGAGAAGUUCAAGAGCCAUCUCCACCCAUUCAAGGAGGCUGCCCAGGAAGUCGACAGCAAGCUGCAGCUUUUCAAGGAGAACCGUCGGAGGAAGAAGGAGCGGAAGGAGAAGAAACGCCAGCGAAAGGGAGAAGAGUGCAGCCUGCCCGGCCUCACCUGCUUCACGCACGACAACAACCACUGGCAAACGGCCCCGUUGUGGAACUUGGGAUCAUUCUGCGCCUGCACAAGCUCCAACAAUAACACCUAUUGGUGUUUGCGUACCGUUAAUGAGACGCAUAAUUUUCUUUUCUGCGAGUUCGCGACUGGCUUUCUGGAGUAUUUUGAUAUGAAUACAGAUCCUUAUCAGCUCACAAACACAGUGCACACGGUAGAGCGAGGCAUCCUGAACCAGCUGCAUGUGCAGCUGAUGGAGCUCCGAAGCUGCCAGGGCUAUAAGCAGUGCAACCCCAGACCCAAGGGCCUUGAAAGUGGAAGUAAAGAUGGAGGAAGCUACGACCUACACAGAGGACAGCUAUGGGAUGGAUGGGAAGGUUAGUCUGUCCAGACUGCUACAGACACCAACUGGCAAGGCCUGCCAGUUAGACAGCAUGAAUGCAAGCGGCUCUACGUGCAGGCACAACCAUGGACUUAGUCUGUUUGACUGGACUCAUUACUUGAAGGAUGUAGAUAGAGUAUUUGCACUGCUGAACAGUCACUCUGAGCAAAAGCAAGCAAGAAAGACUGAGCCUGCUCAGAGUGAUGGGCCCCUGGUUGUCUCUGCGGAGCACGCAGUGCCAGUGGACAUGCCCUCCGCAGAGUCAGAUGGAGCCCCAAGUCAGACAGGCAGGGAAGCUCUUCAUUGGACCUUGCCAGCUGACCCUGGACCCCUUCUUUUGAACCGACCAACAUGACGUCCAGAGAAUACACUUGAACGGGACAAUGACAUUCCAGAAGUGAAUCAUCUGAAUUCUGAACACUGGAGAAAUGGUAAAACUGAGAAACGGACGGGGCAGGAAGAGAUCGAUCGCACUGAAGGCAGCUUCAGUGGUAGUGGCAUAACAGCUGGGGCUCCAGCCCCGCCCCCGGCUGCAGCCCACUGACAACCAUCAGAAAGAGCCUCCCCGGGCUGGUGGUCCCGGAGAGGAUGUCUUUGAAGAUGAGCUGUGUCUUCCCGUGCAUUCUGAUGGAAGCUUCCUCCAUCGGAUGCUCAGCGCAUUCCAGCCGAGUGGAGAGGAUGGAGGAUGUCUACCAAGGUAGAGCAGAGCAACCCAAGGAGUGCUUGAGGCGUGCAGAAGGCCGUGCCUCCCCCACUCUCCUCUGAUUAGAUGAAGCUGUUACCUUAUCCUAAACACAGUAUUUCUCUUUAACUUUGUAUUAGCAAACUAAGAACAGCGAUCCUCCUGGCUACCAGCAUUCCGGGCUGCUGUGGGUCCAUUCAUGCAGCACGUGCCAUGUGGGCAGGUGGUGGGUGCCCAGCAACGCGUCCUCGUAACUCACUGUUCAAAAGAACAAAGAGAAUGGUUGGGCUUUCUUUCUGUUUUGUUUUUGAGACUAAAACAGUAUUAAUCUUUUGGACAUUGCAGGGGCAUGCAUAUGGAGAUGUUAUCCAGUCAAAAAUGGCUCGAAUUGUGCCUUUCUUGGUUUCUAAAACUUGACAGCCUUGGUGAGCUUGUCAGCACGCUUUGACUGCCUGCAUAAUGACGUUCGGAUUCAUUUUUAACCACUGGAAUUUUUCAAUGUCAUCAUUUCUGGUUCAGUGAUUUUGCACCUUGAGAUUGGCAUGCCAUGUCUAUUUGUUUAACAUUCUUAUUAUAUUAUUGUUAUUAACAGGCUUAUCACGGUCACACUGUUUGCUUUCAGUGUGACAAAGUAAAAUAGACCCCUAAGGAUGACACACAGUAUGGAGCACAUAUUGUUUAACACGCACUUUUGCCGGAACAUAUUGCAUGUGUUUUACCUUGACUUGCUAAGAUUGAUUAGCAGAAAGGCAUGGCUAAUAAUGUUGGUGGUAAAAAUAAAUAAAAAGUCACACAAAUAAGACAAACAUUGCCUGCUAUCUCUGUGCCUAGCCUCAAGUUGUUCACCUAUGCUUACGAUUGCAAAAUUUCAAGUAUUUUCAUGACAGAAGAAAAAUCUUGUGCUUUCACAAUUAUUUUGUUUUCUUGGCCUGAUUAAUAAGCUUAAGUGUUGAGAAAAUAUGUGUAGUUUUAAAUUUAUAUGAGGAACUUUUUCAAUUAACUGAAAUCGUGAAUAUUCCAUAAUUUAAACAUGUCAUAAAGGAGAUUAAUUUUGUAACAUUGGUGUAUGAAUAUUUUAGGACUUUCUCCAAGUUGAGCUUUUAAAGACAUAGUUCAAAAUUGCUGUUAAAAUCUAUUCUUGCCAAUAUUCUGGUUUUGUAUUAGAUUUUUCAAUACCAGCAAAAGGAUUACCUCAUUGAAAAUCAGCAGUACCCAGUUCAAUUUCUCGAGAAUUUUUGUUUCUCUUAACAGUGGUUUUAUUUUUAGAAACUCAAACAUUUAGAUAAGUUAUGUUAUCAUUAACUGUUUAAGAUAAACUCUUUUAAAGAAAAUUUAAUAUGUUAUAGUUGUACCUUUGGUUACUCUUAAGUCUUCUAUCAUAGACUGUGUACAUAUGUUAAAAUUGGCAUUUAUCAGAUGUGUGUGUCAUUGGCUGAAUGACAGAAUAAACAUAUUUAUGGUCAUGAAUGAUGUGCUUUGUAAAAAGAUUUCAAGAUAUUAGGACAUAUACUGUGUUUUUAAUCCUGUAUAAUACUCUGUGAUACUUUUAUAGAACAAUUCUGGCUUCAGGAAAGCCUAGAAGCAAUAUUUCUUGAAAUAAAGGGUGUU